CAGUCUGAUUAAAAGAAUAGAACGUGUCUGCAGUUAGGCCUACAUCAAGAUAGGUUGAUCUCUAUCACCACUACCGAACACCUCACCAGCCACAACGUUCGUGCACCAUGCUUCCCUCAUCUACAGCGGUCAGCCUGAAUCAGGCUCCGCCUGCGCCAGUCCAGUGGUAUGAUCAUGUCCUGCGAAAGAAGUAUCGGGAUCCUCUCAAGCUCAAGCAGGCUUUGACUGCGAUGUAUGGGGAGGGGAACUAUAGGAUCAAAGUCAGGGCGGAUCGGUGGAUUGUGACUAUUCCCAAAGAAAUGAGCAAUAUUGAAAUGGAUGAGCUUGAAAACUCAGUCUAUUUGCACUACUAGCAAUUUUGGGGGUGUCGAGGUUCAACAGGCAAUCUAGGAACGAGAUGCAAGGGGAAAAAAAGAAAAAAAGAAAAAAAAA